AUCGCCCCACGAGCAGGGCUGCUGCGAGUGCGAGAAUUCACCCUGGCGGAGAUCGAGCACUUCGUGAGCCCCACCGACAAGUCCCACCCGCGCUUCCCCUCGGUGGCGGACCUCUCCUUCCUGCUCUACCCGCGCGCGGAGCAGCUGGGGCCCAAACAGCCCGUCACCAUGCGGCUGGGAGAUGCGGUGGAGAAGGGCAUAAUCAACAAUGAAACGCUUGGUUACUUCAUCGGGCGCACGUUCCACUUCCUGUCGCGCCUGGGCAUCGACCCGCAGCGCUUGCGCUUCCGCCAGCACCUGCAGCACGAGAUGGCGCACUAUGCCACGGACUGCUGGGACGCUGAGAUUGAGUGCUCGUACGGAUGGGUGGAGUGUGUUGGGCUUGCUGAUCGCUCUGCCUUUGAUCUGAAGGCGCAUACUGAGAAGAGCAAGGUGGAGCUGGUGGCGUAUGAGAAGUUCCCCGAGCCGAGGGAGGUGGAGGUGAUGAGCAUUGUGCCCAGCAAGAAGGACAUCGGCAAGGCCUUCAAGCGCGAUGCUAAGCUCAUUGCUGAGUCCCUUGAGGCAAUGACAGAGGCGGAGGCACUGGCGAUGAAAGCAGCGCUGGAGGCGGAUGGAAAGGUGGAGUACACACCAUGUGGGGGGACUCAGGCGUUCAGCCUCACCAGGGAGAUGGUCGCCAUCAGCAGGGAGAAGAAGAAGCUGCAGGGCCAAUCAUUCACCCCGUCAGUGAUCGAGCCAUCAUUCGGCAUAGGGCGAAUCAUCUACUGCAUCUACGAGCAUUCCUUCUACGCCCGCCCCUCCGCGGACGAGGCUCGCACCGUGUUCCGCUUCACGCCGCUCGUCGCCCCCAUCAAGUGCACCGUCUUCCCGCUCGUGCAGCGCGGGGACCUUGAGAAGGUGGCGCAGGAGGCGAGUGCGGGGCUGACCAAGGCGGGCGUGGCGAAUAAGAUUGACACGACCGGCACGACGAUUGGGAAGAGAUACGCGAGGACGGACGAGCUCGGGUGUCCGUUUGCGAUUACUGUGGAUGGCCAGACUCUGGAGGAUGGUACUGUGACUCUACGGGAGCGUGACAGUACAGCGCAGGUGCGCAUUCACAAGGAUGAGGUGGCAUCGGUGGUGCGCCAGCUAGCGGAUGGGCUGCUGGUUUGGACGGACGUGCAGGGCAAGUACCCGGCUGUUGCUCAGAAGGAAGCUGUCAUGGCAGCACGCGAGCAGAUCGAUGUGUCUGGUGCCGCCACGUCAGCCUCCAUGAAUCGAUCCGAGCUACCGUGCGUGGUUGUGAGGGAUCUGACUGGAUCGCACGUGUCAGUGGAGGCGACGUGCGACAUGCGAGUGGGCGACGUGAAGCGAGUCGCUGCUGGCGCAAUGAAUAAGGACGCGUCCCUGAAACACGUCAUUUUCCAUAAAGUAGGUCAUAUUGACGCUGGCUCUCGCCUCAAGGACUCCACCCGAUUGGUCGACAUUCCUGGCCUCCUCCGGCCUGGAUCUGCCACGUUAGCAUCUGCCAGCGCUGCUACACCAGGGACCCCAUCUAUCCGUGCUUGCAGCUCCAUCCCCAUGAAUGGCAGUUCUCGUGGCGAGGCGCAUGCUUCUGGCCUUAACUCUAAGCCCUGUGGUUCUGAGUCUGUACCUGCAGACGCUUUCCUGGUUCUGAUGAGCUUCCAGCGCAAGGAGCAGCGAAAGAUGGGUCCUGUGCUGUCCUCACAGCCCGGGGGGACGCCACGUCUUGCUGCUGCUACCGCGACAUUGACUGGUCAACGUGGCAUCGGCACAGCCGUUGGGUCUCCCCGCCUUCUGAAUCCCAUCCCGUUUUCGCCAUCUGCUCAUCCCCCAUAUCCUUGCAUUGUUACAUCUAGUCAGCGAUUUCCUCCCAAUGGAAGAGCUCAGACUAACGCUGUUGCUGCAAACAAGGGAUGUGCAGUAGAUGUGGUGGAGCAGCGGGCCAGUAGCAACCCUCCUGAACUUGCUGCAUUAAGCAAGGACGGAGGCGCAAAGCGGAAUGAGUCUGCUGAGGUUGAUCAUGGCUCUCAGGCGAUAGAAGAUUUUCUUUCCCCGAGGGAUGGCAGGGAGGAUGCUAACAGCACGAGAGAACAAGACACGGGGACUGUGGUGCAUACAGGCGUGAAUGGUGCACAUGGCAUAAGGGAUGGUAUUACUGACAAUGGGAAUGGCGCUGCUGACAUAAAGGACGGUUCUACUGACACGAGAACGUGUGCUACUGACAUUAGGGAUAGGUCAAGCACAGGGGGAAUCACAGGCGUAGGAAAGGACGUGGUGGCGAGUAAGGUGGAGAGGCUGGGGGGGCGGAAGAGGAAGGCAGAGAGGGGAGACGAGCAGCAGGCAGCAGGCAGGGUGGGGUUGCCUCACAGCGUUGCCAUGCUUGACAGCAAGUUUGGGCUGCUCGCUGCAGUGUAUGGUUUCUUGGAGCAGCGGGCUGUCAAGGCCACGUGGAAGCGGCUGGAGGUCGCAUUGAAGGACCUUGGGAGCGGCACCGAGGGCGACGCCGUCACUCUCCAAGGGAAGCGCUAUGGAGCCUCACUCUACCUUGCUCCACCCUGCUCUACCUUCGCCCCCCACCCCACACCCACACUCCGCCUGCGAGUCUCUCCCAGCUUUGUGGUGGUGGACGAGGCGCAUGCCUACAGGGGCGCGUUUGGCUGCCAUGCUGCUCUCAUCUUCAGACGCCUGCGCCGCCUCUGCGCUCACGUGUACGGCUCAGAUCCAAUCUUCAUAGUGUGCUCUGCCACGUGUGCGGAUCCCAAGGACCAUGUGCGAGCCUUGCUGGGUGUGGAGGAAGUGGUGGUGGUGGAUGGCAGUGACGAUGGCAGCCCCUGUGGUCGCAAGAGCUUUGUUCUCUGGAACCCGCCCAUCACUAUGCCACCUGUAAGCAACCCCCUCUUGACCCCCGCCCCAUGGAUCUCAGCUAGUACCGUAUUAGGGACCGCAUCCCCUCUUGACCCUGCCUCUGCGGCGCAGCUCAAGGAGGCAGACACCGCAGGUGCGUUGGGACUGCAGGUGCGUUGGGACUGCAGGCCCAUAGUGGAGGUGGCACCACUGCUACCAGAGAUGGUACAGCACGACAGUCACUGCCUCGUCCCUUUCCUUAUCCGCCUCUACUUCCCGUCCUUGCCCACUCUCACGCUUCGCCCUUCCCUUCUCCCCUCCUGCCCCCCUCCCCCACCUGUCAGCCCCAUAGUGGAGGUGGCGCUGCUGCUAGCGGAGAUGGUGCAGCACGACCUGCGCUGCCUCGCCUUCUGCAACACCAGGAAGCUCUCAGAGCUCGUCCUCACAUACACGACCGGCGGCGCAUUGAGAGGGAGCUGUUUCACGGGCGCCUCCGUGCCAUGGCAACAGCAAGCGCAACUUGCCAUAAUCUUUUCCCCCUCCUCCCCUCCUUCCUCCCUCCCCCCAUCCCAUCAGGAUCGGCGGCGCAUAGAGCGGGAGCUGUUUCACAGGCGUCUGCAGGCUGUGGCAGCAACAAGCGCAUUGGAGCUAGGAGUGGACGUGGGGGCCCUCGACGCCGCUCCUGCCCCUUCCUCCACUCCCAUCCCAUCAGGACCGGCGGCGUAUAGAGAGGGAGCUGGCUCACACAAGCCAUUCUCCAUGCCCUCUCCUGCCCGUUCCUCUUUCCCCCCAUCUCAUCAGGACCGGCGGCGCAUAGAGAGGGAGCUGUUUCACGGGCGUCUCCGGGCCGUGGCAGCAACGAGCGCAUUAGAGCUAGGGGUGGACGUGGGGGCCCUCGACGCCACCCUGCACCUUGGCUUCCACGGCUCCACCGCCAGCCUCUGGCAGCAGGCAGGCCGGGCAGGGCGCAGGGAGAAGGCCUCCCUCUCCAUCUAUGUCGCAUUUGACGGGCCUCUCGAUCAGUACUUCAUGGCGGCUCCUGACAGGCUGUUCUCCCGGCCAAUCGAGCGCUGCCAGCUGGACGCGGAGAAUCCCCUGGUGAUGCGGCAGCAGCUGCAGUGUGCUGCGGCGGAGCUGCCGCUGCUGGAGGAUGUGGAUGGGAGGUUCUUUGGCCCGUCAUUGGCCGAGAGGAUUGCUGAGCUGGCGGGGAAGGGCGCACUCGGGAGGAGUCCGGAGAAUCCCGAGGUGGACCGUGGGUGGAGAUAUAUUGGGGCAGGGAAGCGGCCGGCGCUGUUUGUCCCGGUGCGGGCGAUCGACCCGAACACGUAUGCGGUGGUGGAGGCGAGGACUGGGAGGGUGCUGGAGGAGAUUGAAGAGAGCAAGGCAUUUUUUGUGCUAUACGAGGGUGCAGUUUAUCUGCAGCAGGGGCGAACCUUCCUGGUGACUUCCCUGGAUCUGGAGAAGCGGGAGGCACGGUGUGUGCGUGCAGAUGUGCGGUAUUACACCAAGACGAUUGACAUGGUCACCGUGACUAUAAAGGGGGGCACUCUGGCUUUUCCAUACCCACACAUGCCAUCAGCAAAUCCUGCUUCAGCUUCUGCUGAUAUGACGUCAGCACACACAGUGCUCAAAGAGGCGAUGACCUCAGCAGCACACGCAUCUGCACCUUCUGAGCCAAUGACGAAAGUGCACAUGGCAGCAGGCGGUGUGAUGACAUCAGCACAGACGGCGCCGUGUGAGGUUACGACUCGGUGGAUUGGUUACCGCAAGAUGUGGCGUGGGUCAGGAGAGCCGUUUGAAACGGUGGAGAUGACACUGCCAGAUGUAACGUACGCCACCCAGGCAGUGUGGGUGGGGGUGGCAGGCGGGACAAAGGCAGCAGUGGAGGCAGCGGGGAGUGACUACCGUGCCAGCCUGCAUGCUGCUGCUCAUGCCCUCGCCAACAUGGCGCCCCUCUUCCUAGCAUGCAUGGCAUCGGACAUGGGAGUGGAGUGUGCAUCGCCCUAUGACUCACGCUUCUUCCCCCAGCGCCUCCUGCUCUAUGACAAGCACCCGGGGGGCAUAGGCCUGGCAGUGCAGGUAUGA